AGCAAGGAAAUGGAGGUAGAGUACUGAUGGAAGAGAAGACUACAGCUAGUGAUUCAUGCAAAAUAAGAAAGGGAACUAAGAUGAAGGUAGGCAUGCACCUGCAGGGGUCUCACACAAUAUCAAAGCUGAAGCCAAAAAUAAGAAUAGUGCACAUUUUUGCUCCAGAGAUCAUAAAGACAGAUGCUGCCAACUUCCGUGAGCUUGUGCAGAAGCUCACUGGCAAACCAAUAUCAAAGAGAGUAGUUGAUCAUGAUAAAAGAGUCAUAGCAGUUGGAGGAGAAGUUAUGAAGAAGAAGAAGAAGAAAAAGAAAAAGGAUAUUGAUGAAGCUGGUGAUGAGAUGUUGUGGAAAGAAAGAGAGAAUGAGGAUGGCUUCUUAUGUGGACUUGGAGAUGUGGAUGGCUUCUUGCAAGGCUUUGCUAAUGACUAUCAGUUUCUUCCAAUUCCGUUGGUAACUUCUUCUCAAGCAGGGGAGAUUGGAGAGCCUCAUCAUGUUUAGUUACAUUUUAACAUCAUUAAUUUAAUUAAUUAAUGGUUGUAGCAUUUUGGGAUCCAAGAUGUAG